ACCACAGUACAACCAUCAUCUCCAUGUUCAAAACAUGGAAAUCGCAGGCUCUUGUUAGGGUUUUAUAACACAAGCGAUCUGUUACAGUUAUUCAGGGGACAACAUACCAUGGCUAUCUUACUCUGCACUUUGAACUCUACAGGCUGAGGAGCAGUAUACAAUCACACCUAAAGUUAAAGUUAAGUGACACAUGCCUCUCAGGAAGCUGGCAUGCAUGGAAUCACAUCUAUUUGUAUUUCUUUACAACAGAAGAACAUUUCAGCCUAUUUGGUCACUUAACCUGGAAAUAUGUUUGCACAUUUCCACCACGGUCUCCUUUCAUCUCUCUUACUCACUAUGACAAUCCUCUACCUGUCGGGUCCCGGGUGCCAUGGCGGGAAGAUACUGGUGGUUCCGCUGGAAGGAAGCCACUGGGUGAACAUGGACAUUCUGAUAAGGGCUCUACACGACCGUGGACAUUCCAUCACUGUGGUACGGACAACCAAGAGCUGGUACAUCAAAGAGGAUUCAACCUACUACGACUCAAUCACGGUAUCUGUCACUGAAGGCUUUGAUGAGGAAUUUAUAAAGCCAAUCCUGCAAAAACUGUUUGACAUAGAGAGGGGUAAAAGCUCAGCUUUGAAUUUCUUUAGUCUGCAGCUGGAGGCAAUGUAUUUCAUCCCAAAAUCUGUUGAUCAUGUGUGUUUAAUGGCGACCACCAUGUUCGAAGACAAAGCCCUGAUGCAGAGCCUGAAUGAGAGCCAGUUUGAUCUGGUGCUCACAGACCCUGCCUGGGGAAGUGGUAUAAUGCUGGCUCACUACCUUCAGCUACCCUUAGUCUACAAUGUCAGAUGGAUCACCACAGGGGAAGGACAUCUUACGUUAGCACCUUCACCGUUAUCCUACAUACCACUGACAGGAUCAGGGCUCUCAGACAAGAUGACUUUCUCAGAGAGGGUUAAGAACAUGCUAUUCUAUUUGCUGUUAAUGGCACAGAACAACAUGAUUCUUAAACCACGGUACCAAGCUGUGUGUGAUAAGUAUUUGACACCAAAGGUGGAUUUCUUUGAGCUGCAGCAGUCAGCUGAUAUUUGGCUGAUGCGGGUCGAUUUUGUGUUUGAGUUCCCACGCCCCACUAUGCCUAAUGUUGUUUACAUGGGUGGGUUCCAGUGUAAGCCAGCAAAGCCCCUUCCUGAAGACCUGGAGGACUUUGUCCAGAGCUCUGGAGAACAUGGAGUCAUCAUCAUGUCUUUAGGGACAUUUGUAAGUGAAGUUCCAAGUGACAUUACUGAAGAUAUAGCAGCAGCUUUUGCUGAGCUCCCCCAGAAAGUUAUUUGGAGGUACACUGGAGAGAGACCAUCCACCCUGGGUAACAACACCCUCCUAGUGGAGUGGAUGCCCCAAAAAGACCUACUAGGUCACCCUAAAAUCAGAGCCUUUGUAGCCCAUGGAGGAACAAAUGGAGUUCAAGAGGCCUUGUAUCAUGGUGUUCCAGUUGUGGGCAUACCUCUGUUUUUUGACCAGUAUGACAAUCUGUUGCGACUGAAAGAGAGAGGAGGAGCUAAGAUGCUCAGCAUUGCCACCACAAAUAAAGACACGUUCCUCCAGGCUUUGCAGGAGGUGCUCCAUGAGCCGUCCUACAGGGAGAACAUGCAGAGGCUCUCCAGGCUGCACAGAGACCAGCCAAUGCAGCCCCUGGACCGAGCCCUCUUCUGGAUUGAGUUUGUUAUCAGGAACAAAGGUGCUGCUCACCUGCGCACAGAGUCCUACAAGAUGCCUUGGUACUCCUACCACUCUGUGGAUGUGGUUGUAUUCUUACUGGCUGCGGUUAUCUCUGUUGUUGUGAUUUCCUUUGUUGUAAUCAGAUAUACAUGCUUUAAACUGUUAGGAAUGAAGAAAAUAAAACAUGAAUGAUUUCCUGGCUAAGCCUCAAAAUGAGAUAUGAUACAUGUGUAACUGGUGCAACUGUAAAUAAUGUUGUUUGUCAGUUAUUCAAAGAAGUAAUGUACUAUAUGAAUAUAUACUGUGUACUCAUGAAUUGAAACAUUUUCCAUCUAAAAAUAUCAGUACCUAUGUACUGAUGAUGCAACUGAAUACAUUUGUCUCUGCAACAAAAAUGAUUGAAAAAGAUCUUAAAAAGUUACAUUACAUCAAAAUUACAUCAAAAGAAACGGUGUGGUUGAGGUGAACAGCAGGUGCACUCCUGCUGUAGUGGUACCUGUACAUCUCCAGGUCAGGGGUAGGAAUUGCUUUGCUAAGUUCCAGUAUGGAUUACCAAAAACAAUGACUCUAUUUUAUACAAUUGACUCUAUUUAAUUAUUAGCUCUUAAAUUGUACUUAAUUGCAUUUAAAAAAAAAAAAUGUAUUGCAUUUAACACCGAUUGCUGUCAUUUUGCUAUAAUUUGGGUCAGGGGUGCCAUCACUUGUGUGAAAGUAUUACCAAUUUCUUGCCAAACUCAAUGUGUUGUAUUUAUUAUAUCAGAGACAAUUCAUUCAGAAUGGGUCAUGCAGGAAGCCUACCUAUUUUCUUUGUGAUUGACUCUAUUGUAUUGUAACACUACAAUCUUAUAUAUACCACAUAGUAUACUCAUUAUAAAUAUAAGUAGCACUCAGAAAUAGGAUAACAUCAGAAAAUGUGCAGUGGUCUCUUAAUUGCAGAGCUGUAUAUAUACUUUAGGAGAGUAACUUGUGUCCGUGGUCUGUGUAACACUUUGCAGUGCUUUGUUCUAUUUGCUCCAUCCAGCUGAUCCAAAUACAAAAUGUGUUCAAUAAUCCAAUUUUCAUUUUUUUUAACUGGUCAGCAAAUAGAUAAUUGCUGCUAUUUUCUACAUUUGUCAUUAGUCACACAAGAUAAAGAAAAAUCAGAAACUGGAUUGGAAACAAAAGUAAAAUUCAGUUAAUAUUAGAUUUUUGCCUUUUUUUACCGUUUUUGUUGGGCUGAACCACAAGCGUAGGGGGAGUGACCUGAUACAUAUAACAGAGCGCGCGCAGUGUUGGUGAUCACAUUUUAUCAGCGGAUGUAGAUAUGGAGGGCUAUCAAACACAGUUCAGCUUGCAUCAAGGUGCCAAGCGAUUGAUAAUGUCAGCUCGAGACCAGAACUUCAGAUGCAGAGGGAGACAUUGCUGCGUCCUGACACUUAUGAGUAGGCUAGCCUACGUGUUCUGAGCUGUUCUGGGAGGCUUUGGAUACAUGAGCAUUACCAAUGGA